AUGGAAGAUGAAACAGAUCAAGAUUCUGAUAGUGAUGAAGAAGAAGCCUGUAAUAAAAAUGAUGAUAAGAGACUAGUGGUCUAUAACCAUGAAUCAGCACCCCCCAACAUUGAGGUUAAUUCUAACGGCGACAGUGAUUUUAUUCCCAGCGAUGGUUCACCUUCAGAUGAUGAGGAGGAGGCUAUAGAGAUAGCAGACACUAUAAAGAAUCAUGAAGAAGAUGGCAAUGACACCCCAUAUGUUGAUAGUGACACUGAAGAGUCAGUAGAAGAAGCUAGCAGUGAUGGUGAUAUUAAAGUUAGAACAAGCACGUACCCAAGGUAUAAAAAGAAGGUAGUUGUUCCAAUUUUUAAAGUAGGGAUGAAGUUUAGUUGUAAGAAGCAGUUCAAGAAGGCUAUUACAACUUAUGCUUUGGCUGAGAGGAAGGUCAUAAAUUUCGUAAAGGAUGACCCUAAGAGGGUAAGAGCCAAAUGUGACUGGUCUAGUUGCCCUUGGGUCUGUCUACUAUCGAAGAACUCAACCUGUGAUAGUUGGCAAAUUGCAACACUAGUAAAUUUCCAUGCCUGCCCUCCAAGAAGGGACAACAAGAUGGUGACAGCUGCAAGGAUUGCUGAGAAAUAUCACAAGUUCAUACUAGCAAACCCAUUAUGGAACCUGUCUCACAUGAAGUCAACAGUGCAAGAAGAGAUGUUUGUUGAUGCUUCCAUCUCUAAGCUAAAGAGAGCCAAGGCAAUUGUUAUGAAGAAAGCAAUGGAUGCAACCAAGGGACGAUAUCAGAAAUUGUAUAACUAUCAGAUGGAGCUCCUAAGAAUCAAUCCUGGAAGCACUGUUGUUGUUAACAAGGUAGAAUAUGUCGAGCCACUGAUGUUCAAAAGGAUGUACAUAUGCUUGGAUGCUUGCAAGAAAGGCUUAAUAGAUGUGUGCAGAAAAGUGAUAGGCCUUGAUGGCUGUUUUUUCAAGGGAGCAACAAAUGGAGAGCUCCUUUGUGCUGUCGGUAGGGAUGCUAAUAAUCAGAUGUAUCCAGUUGCAUGGGCAGUGGUUCAGAAGGAGAAUAAUGAAGAAUGGGAUUGGUUUUGUGACUUGUUAUGUAAUGACCUGCAAGUUGGUGAUGGAACCGGAUGGGUGUUUAUAUCAGACCAACAGAAGGGAAUCCUUAAUGCUGUGCAGAAAUGGGCUCCAGAAGCUCAGCACAGGAACUGUGCACGACACAUAUAUGCUAAUUGGAAGAAACAUUUUAAUGACAAGGUAUCCAUGGAGUCCAUCCAAGUGGUGAAGGUCAGUGCUAGUGCUAGAGUUUCAACAGCCAAAGGUGGCUCAGCUAGUGUGGCCUUGCAUGCUAAAGUGCCACAAUCACGAGGAUUCACAAGUGCAUCAAUCAAACUCACAUCGGGAAAGGUUGUUGUUAAUGUUUCUACCCAAGAACCAGCACAGGCAAAGAAUACUUCAAAAAAAUCUAUCCCUGGACCGCUCCUUCUUCCUCCAUGGGAAUCUGACAAGCUUUGA